CAGUGUGUACUCAAAAGCAAAUACCAAGUCCAACCAACCCACAGCACAUACUUAACGCCGUAGACAGUCAAUCAAUCUAUCAAUCCCUUCUUCACCGGAAACGCCUACUCCUCACCGCCGCCGCCGUCGCCCGCCAUGGAUUUCCAUCUCAACGGCGCUUCUCCCUCCUCCUCCUCCGCUUCCUCCACCGAUCCCAACCGCAAUUCCUCGCUUCAUCCCACCAACGGCCACACCUCCGACCCUAUGCACUCCUGGUGGGAGUCCAUCUCCAAGGCUCGCUCCCGCAUCCAUCUCCUCUCUUCGCUGCUCCCCUCCUCCCCCGACGAUCCUCUCUCCUCCCUAGCCGACACCGAUCGCCCCGCUCGCUCACUCCUACUCUCCGCCGCCGCCUACUCCGCCGUCUCCGCUGCCCUCUCCGCCGAAUCCUCCGGCUCCAGCGACGACCCGCUCUGUCACUGGCUUUACGACACCUAUCUCUCCUCCGACCCCGACUUGCGCCUCGUCGUACUCUCCUUCAUCCCUCUAAUCUCCGCCAUCUACCUCCACCGCAUCCACUACCCGCCGGCGGAUGUGCCUGUCUCCCUCUCCGGCUUCGAGGCCGUCCUGCUCGCAAUUUAUUCCGCCGAGACUAAAGCGCGGAAUGGGAAGCCUAUCACAAUUUCGAUUCCGGAUCUAUCUCAGCCGUCGCUUUACCACGCUCCGCGCAACCCGGUUAAAUCUCCAAACCCUAAUUUAAAGCCUACUAAGCCUCUGGUUGGGGUUCUUUCGCCUCCAUUGGAGCCGCAGAUCGCCGUUAAGUCCACCAAACGCGCUUGCAUUGUCGGCGUUGCUUUAGAUUGCUAUUACAAACAGAUCUCUCAGAUGCCUAGCUGGUCAAAGGUCGAUUUCUGUAAGUCCACCACGGUAUGGGCUGGGAAAGAUUGCCCUUGCACCUCAGAUUUGGACGACCAAAAACCAGUGAAUUUCUCCGAGGAAAAUGUCAGACAUGAGAAUGGCAAUGGCAAUGGCAAUAGCAAUGGGUUUGAGGAGGAUAUCAGUGUAGAGACUGAUGAGAUUGACAAUGUUGCUGAAAGAGUCAACGAUUUACACAUCCAUGGCGAUGAGAAUUCAACCAAAUUGGGAGGCAAAGAUGCGAGAAUUCUGCUGCCCUGGGAACUGUUACAGCCGGUUUUGAGGAUAUUGGGGCAUUGUUUGCUGGGGCCUCUCAAUGUGGAUGAGGUGAAGGAUGCUGCAGCCAUUGCGGCGCGACGAUUGUAUGCUAGAGCAUCACACGAUUUAGAUCCACAAGCGAUUCUGGCGACGAGGAGCUUGAUCCGACUCGAUAGAAGCACACGCGAAGCUGCGAAAGCAGCAGCUACAGUUGCUGCUGCUACUGCUACAGGUUCAGGUUCGAAUGCCAACACUCCUAGUAAGGCUAAGAAACCUGAGAUACUAUUGGUUUCUAAGUGAUCAAGAAGAGGCUAUAUGAGUGUGUAAGCUUUUGUUAACUUGUUGUCGGCUUAAUCAUUUGGAGAAUGCAUGUGCUUUAUUGUAGAUUUAUGAGUAUAACUGUUUGUAUUUAUAUCUUGUCUGUGACUUUGAAUGUGUUGGAUUGAAGAGACAUGUCCCUCAUGAUUCCUUGUAAAGAGGUAUAUCAAUAUUAGUUCGAUUCUGGCUGUUUUUGAUAAGAAAUGCUAUUUUUCUGUGA